GGUGCCUCUCGAAGAGCACCAACAAGCAAAAGAUCAAGAGAACGUACAGUUCACCAAUGGAGAUCACGAGCAGCGCGAUGCUGAAGCCGGCGCCGACGCCGACGCCGCACCCGCUCGCCGGCGAGAAGGUUCCCCUCACCGCCUUUGACCGCGCGGCCUUCGACGUCUUCGUCCCCAUGGUGUUCGCCUACCGCGCGCCGGCGCCGUCCAGCGAGGCGGUCAAGGAAGGCCUCCGGAUGGCCGUCGCCGCGUACCCUCUCGCCGCUGGCCGCCUCGCCGUCGACGUCGCCGCCGACGGCCAGGGGCGCCGGCGCCGUCGUCGUGUCCUGCACGUCAACGACGAGGGCGCGCUGGUCCUCGAUGCCACCGUCGAGGCCGACCUUGACGCCGUGCUCGCCGCCAACGUCGCCACCGACCUGUACCCUGCACCACCGGAGCAUAGCUUCGGGGCGGCGGUUCUGCAGGUACAGCUCACCCGCUUCAGGUGCAGCGGCCUCGUCGUCGGCCUCAUCGUCCACCACCAUGUCUUCGACGGACACUCCACGAGCGCCUUCUGCACCACGUGGGCGAGGGCGGUGCGCGACGGCGAGGCAUUCAGCGUUCCGUCUCCAUGCCUCGACCGCGCCAUCACCAGCGUGCCACGCAGCCCGCCGGCGCCGGUGUUCGACCACCGGUCAAUCGAGUUCAAGGUAGGUAAUAAAUCCAGCGAUUCGUCUGGCGCCGCCGCCGCCGCCGUGGAGAAGAUCACAAACAUCGGCGUGCGCUUCACGGCCAAGUUCGUCGCCGAGCUCAAGGCCCGCGUCGGCGGCCGGUGCAGCACGUUCGAGUGCGUUCUCGCGCACGCGUGGAAGAAGAUGACGGCGGCGCGCGGCCUGAAGCCGGAGGAGUUCACGCGGGUGAGGGUGGCCGUCAACUGCAGGCGCAGGGCGAACCCGCCGGCGCCGGCGGACCUGUUCGGCAACAUGGUGCUCUGGGCGUUCCCGAGGCUCCAGGUCCGGCGCCUCCUCAGCGCGAGCUACCGCGACGUGGUCGGCGCCAUCCGCGCCGCCGUGGCGCGCGUCGACGGCGAGUACAUCCAGUCGUUCGUCGACUACGUCGAGGUGGCGGACGCGCGCGGCGAGGAGCUCGCCGCGACGGCGGCGGAGCCGGGGGAGACGCUGUGCCCGGACCUGGAGGUGGACAGCUGGCUCGGGUUCAGGUUCCACGAGAUGGACCUCGGCACCGGGCCGCCGGCCGCCGUGCUGUCGCCGGACCUGCCCAUCGAGGGGCUGAUGAUCCUCGUGCCGGUGGGCGGCGACGGCGGCGGCGUCGACCUGUUCGUCGCAUUGGCCGACGAUCGCGCACAAGUUUUCGAGCAGAUCUGCUACUCGUUGGAGGAACAUGCUAUCCCCUCUCAUCUUUAAAUCAUAAAUAAACUACCUGGGUUGGCCCGCAUAAUUCCACGGCUAACAUCCACAAAAUUAUCUAUUUUUACAUAUAAUUAAUUUAAAAUUUAUUAAAUAGUCAUUUUGUUGUAUUAUGAAUUUCAAAGAUUGAACCUUAUUAUCAUUGAGUUUUUAAUUUUAUAGUUUUUAAAAGUUA